CACUUUUUCCCUCUGCCCCAUGUGGAGGAGCGCCGGGCCCUUUCUUUGCUGGACAUCCAACCAGCUUCAGCCCAUUUCACCCGCCCGUACUAUUGCUGCCAUUUCUCCCCUCGGGCGGGCUCUGUUCGGUUUCCUUCAAAACCCACGCCCAAUCCGUCUGGCCAAACCCACGAGCCAGCCCACUGCAUCCAGCCCGGGCCAGUCAAACAAGACCAGUUCCCGACAGCCUGAAUCACCUUGUCUAUUUCCAUUCUGCCCCGGACCCAGAUCUCAACCCCGAGCUAUUGUCGCCUGCCUCUCUGAGGUCGCUGGAGGCACAUAUAGUGAGGAGGGCUGACACAUAACAAGAAGCCUGGGUUCUGAAAUACCCACAUCCCCUGUGUUCUUUCGGCAAACCUAGCGGACAGGCAGACCAUGGCCUUUGUGCUUUGGUAAUCCGUCUGCUCCGCUUCCCCCUCACCUACCACAUCGCCGUCGCCGUCGCCCUCUCCAACAUCAGCAACAACAUCUCAUCACACUGCCUGACGGGAUAGCUAAGAAGACGAGGCUAAUUGUCGGACCAUCAGUUGGAGGGUAGUGGUCCCGUCCCGCCCUAAAAACUUAAAAGAAGGCACGCCGUUGGAGGCGCCUUGAUCCUGAUCUUCAUCGCCAACCCACCCCAAAAUCUGAAUUCAAAAUUGGACUCCGAGGAGUUUCCGACUCCAGCCUGACCCUGCCCGCCCUGCCCGCCCUGCCCCUCAGCACCCUGUGCCUGUUUGCUUCUAGACCAGCACCGCGAAAAGGCGCCGUCGAUGAUCACUUGCUGCUUUUGACCCAAGCUCUCUGCAUUAGCAAUAGCCAUGUCAGCGGCUCAAUCCCAGUUCAAUAUCAAGGCCCUCCCUGCUGAUUUGCGUCCCGACCUUUUCCACAGAGGCAUUGGACCCGAGCACGACUCAAACUUGCACGCAUACUCAAUAAACCGUUCCCAUUACGACACCUCUGUUCACGCGACGUCUCACCAACAAGGCUUCACAGACUCUGCCUUUUUCACCCACGACUUUGCCCUGUCCACUUACCAGGGCCUUAGAGAACGCUCGUCCAUUAGCUCGGCUAUUUCUGAGGAACAUGCACCUGGCUUGUACGCCAGCCGACAGCGCCAGUCCAUCUCAUCAACCAUGGCAGACACCCAGGUGACGGCGCCGUCAAUCACCGCCCACACUCCCUAUUUUGGCAAUGCUGACUCCGGCCGAGCAAGAUCCAGCGUGGACGGCUCAGAUGGCGGGAGUCCAGAUACCAACCAGCAUGGGAACUCGUUAGAAGACCCCGUGUCCGACGAGUUUGGCUUGACUUCGCUGGGGCCGGGUGACGGGACUGACCUAGGCGCCAAACACAAAGAUGACAAGUCUGACACCGCUCCGGCAUGGAGUGAGCUGAAAACCAAAGCUGGCAAAGAGCGCAAGAGGUUACCUCUAGCAUGCAUCGCCUGCAGGAGGAAGAAGAUACGCUGUUCGGGGGAGAAGCCCGCCUGCAAACAUUGCCUUCGCUCCCGGAUACCAUGUGUGUACAAGGUCACAGCCCGGAAGGCCGCACCAAGGACAGACUACAUGGCCAUGCUCGACAAAAGGUUGAAGAGGAUGGAGGAGCGCAUCAUCAAGAUCGUCCCCAAGAAUGAGCAGGACGGCAUCGCGUCUGCUGUCCCACGCGCAGUUGUCAAGCCUGCCAUCCCCGGCACUCUAUCAGCAGGCAAGGGCAACUCUCGGAAACGCGGGGCCGAAGAAGCCUUCGGGCAGGAUUUGGACCAUUGGGCAAAAGUCCCUGCCAAACCAAGUCUCGAGAGCCCGCCGCGAGCAACCUCGCUGAUGAUGGUACACGAGUCCGAGGAAACAAAGCUGCUGCAGGAGGGUGUUCAGUCUUUGCCAUCCAGGGAGAUCCAAGAGCAUCUUGCAGAUGUCUUCUUUGAGAGUGUCUACGGGCAAGCAUACCACAUACUGCACAAGCCAAGCUACAUGAGGAAGCUGAGGGCUGGCACCUUACCACCUGUACUGAUCCUCUCCGUAUGCGCCAUGUCCGCCCGAUUCUCGAACCACCCAAAACUGAACACUUCGCCAGCCUUCUUGCGAGGCGAGGAGUGGGCCGCCGCCGCUCGAGACAUUGUCACGAAAAGAUACGAGUGGCCCAACCUCACCAUCCUCACGUGUCUUCUUAUACUAGGAUUGCAUGAAUUUGCCACAUGCCACGGCGGACGCAGUUGGGCUCUUGCGGGGCAAGCAAUAAGGAUGGCCUUCGCCCUCCAAUUGCACAAAGAUCUCGAGUUCGACCCGCUGAGACCCGGUACUCGUCUCAGCUUCACGGACCGCGAAAUUCGCAGGAGAACUAUGUGGGCAUGCUUUCUCAUGGACAGGUUCAACUCGUCCGGAACAGAUCGACCGACCUUUAUCAAAGAGGAGACUCUGAGAAUCCCGCUGCCCAUCAAGGAGAAGAAUUUUCAGUUCGAGGACAUGCCGGGCCUGACAGAAAACCUACAGGGCGAGGUUCCAAAUAGCACCGGUUUAGACGACAUGCAGAAAGCGGACGCUCAGAAUAACAUGGGCGUGGCUGCGUACAUGAUCAAGGCGGUAGCAAUCUGGGGUCGGGUGAUAAACUACCUGAACCAGGGCGGCAAGGACCUCGACGACAAGCACAUGUGGGAAGCCGACUCCGAGUAUGCAAAGCUCAUCAAGCAAGCGGAGGAGAUGGCAUCUUCACUGCCCGAGUCGCUAGUCUACAGCGCGGACAACCUGCACUCACAUGACACCGAGGGCAUGGCAAACCAGUUCCUUUUCCUGCACAUCACCAUCCAGCAGAACAUCCUGUUCUUGAGCCGGUUCGCCGUCUCUUCGCCAAAUGCGAACUCUCUACAGGACAUCCCUACGUCGUUCGUCACCAAGGCCGGUGCGAAGGCCUUCUGCGCGGCGAACCGCAUCUCCGAGCUCCUCAAGGACUCCGAGUCCUGCAUCAUCACCGCGCCUUUUGUCGGCUAUUGCGCGUUCCUGUCUAGCACGGUGCACAUAUUUGGCAUAUUUUCCGGCAAUCCGGCCAUCGAGGCCACGUCAAAGAGGAACCUGGCAAUAAACGUAAAAUCCCUGUCGAAGAUGAAGCGCUUCUGGGGAAUGUUCCACUUCAUGACAGAGAACCUGCGAGAUCAGUACCGCAACUGUGCCGACGCGGCACGGCGCGGCACUCUGCCUGGGGACGCAACCACGUCUCCAAUCUUCCAGUAUGGAGACUGGUUCGACCGGUACCCCCACGGCGUAUCGCAGUCCGAUUUCGUCGAUCCGGCCAUGUACAAGAACAAAGAGAAGGGAGAGGACGCUGUUCUGGAGCAGAAUCCAGAGCUGCACACCGUGGAAGAGUUCUUCACGACCCUGUCCCCGCAGACCAAAGAGGCGGGGGCACGCUCCAACUCGAUGGCCAUCAAGAAGUCCAAGGCGCUCGCAGCCAAGAGGCACAGCAUAAGCUCGGUCCGAAGCGACCCCCACGGGACGGGCCACCACCUGGAACCGCUGAUGACAGACAUGAAUGCGGACCAAUUGCAGCGACUGCAGCAGCAGCAGCAGCAGCAGCAGCAGCAGGGCCGGUACCCAGGCGCCGCCCUUGGUGGCCAGACGAGCCGCGCCGCCAGCUUUUCCUCCCUCAGCGCCGCGCCGCAGUCGGCAGCGUACACCAUCUCGCCCAUCAGCCCGGCCACAGUCGGCCACGGCCACUUUGGAGGCGGCGGGCACCAAGGGCUUUAUGGCCAUGACAUGCUCACGAUGCAGCUCGCGCAGAACGGCAUGCUCCCGCACUCGAUGCUGGCCCCUCAGUACGUCUCCUCGGGGCUGGACCCUGCCGCGACGGCUGCCAUGAUGGACGGGCUCCCCGGGUGGGACGGCGCCGAGAACAACGGCGGGGCCGGCAGGGAGACGGUGUCGCGGGGCUCGGCCGAUGGGCCACACAACAACCCGCACCACACCGUCUUCGGGCACGGCCACCACGACGGUGGGCCCGCCGCCUGGUUCAGCAUGCCCUUCGACUCGGCCGACAUGGGCAACGUCGGGGGCCUCGCGUCUGCGAUCGACGGGUUCGGGACUAUGUUUGGCUCGGGCGCCGGCGGCCAUGGAUCUGGGAUGGGAGGGGGUCAUUGACAACGCAUGAUGAGCUGGCGGGAUGCGACAGUCUAGAUCGCUCCGUGCCAUGGGGCGGUCGGUCAUGACAAGGGCCUCUUCCCGCCAGCAAGGAUUUUGUAAUGCAUUUUGUUUCCCUUUUUUUCUUAGACGACCUGCUGGGAUGUGUUUUCUUGUCGAGCAUCCACAGCUUCGCACACUCGGGUGGCCAAUCUAAUGUAUACGGGCAUUUUGGAGUUUGGAAAACGGGGGAAAGCAAGCAAGCAAGGGCGCUGGGAAUCAUUCGCUCGGUAGUAUACCAGGGGGGGAAGCCAGCGGAGGCCAUGUGGAAGGGAAUCUAAAGGGGUUUCCUCGAUGGGCCCCAACUCGUUCAUACACGUGCGGCAUUAUUAUACUGUACUUGGAAGAUUGUACAGAUUAAUAGACAAUUGUGCGAUGAA